ACACUGGCACACUGUACAGGCUGCACUAAAUUCACCCUCACUUAUUUGAAAGACAUCCGAUUAAUGGAUGCAUAUGCUAAAUAUGCAAGACUUGACUGUGCACGGCUUGAUUAAUGCAUCCAAAAAGUGUUGCAAAACUUUCAGGACCAGACAGGGUGAGACGGUCAGACUGCAUGAUUUGCUACAUUGUAUGAUGGCAGCAUGCUACCGGCGGGGUGCAAGGGCUAUUUAAACGUUGCUCUCCCCCAUGCCCAAAGUCUGACAAGAUGCUACGACAACCGUUUAUGCCCGAGAAGUUCCGACUGAACGGAUGUUUUAAUAUGUGGCGAGAUUAUCUUCAACUCGGGGCAGUUGUAGAAAACCUCGGACAGACAGAGAGUGGGACACAGAGGAUAACAGGCCAUGCCUUCCAACAGCGCCUACCGGUGGUGGAUGUCGAACAGCCUGCUCCACCUGCCAAUAACCAGAAACGCUCAACAAGCAGUUCUGAGAACAGCGUAUGCAGCAGCAGCACCAAUCGGAACUCGCGGGACGGGUGUGGAUUUUGUCGACAGAACGGAGAAACUCCCGAUAUCUACCUCAGUCACAAACUGAAAGCGAGAGAUGGCAAGGUACUCUGUCCUAUUUUGAGGAGCUACGUGUGUCCUACCUGUGAGGCAACGGGGGAUAAAGCGCACACCCGUCGCUAUUGUCCCUACGCAACUGACUGAAGGUGAACUGUACCAAUUAACGUUAGCUGUCAGCGGACAGCAUUGUAUGUACAUAUGUUCUAAAUAGUUAUGUUGUU